CUCACAGGCAAGCAAAGGUAAUACUUACACAGACAGAGCAUCCCUAAUCCAAAAAUAUGAAACCUGAAAUGCUGCAAAAUCUGAAACCUUUUGAGUGCCACAACUGGAAAAUUCCACAUCCGACCUUGUGUGACAGGGUGCAGUCAAAAGGCAGGGGCACUGAAAACUGCAUAUAGUUAGUUUCAGGCUGUGUGUGUGAGGUGUAGAUGAGAUGAAUUUUGUGUUUACACUUGGGUCCCACCCCGAGAUAUCUCAUUAUCUUCAGGCAACUAUUCCAAAACCCCAAAACCUCUGGGUUCCAAAAUACUUCUGAUCCCAAGCAUUUCAGAGAAGAGGAACUCAACCUGUGUGUCCUCCGAGUUAUAUUUCACAUAUAUAUAACAACAUGCAAACAUAUGUUAUUUUUAUCCUCUUACUACCCGAAUGUUAUUUAUAGGCCUCUAAUCUUUUGCAUUUCAGAACUAGAUGUAUGGUCUUUCAAUGUUGCUUUUAAACACAUAUUGACUUCCAUCUCAGGUCCUGAUUGAACACCCAUUGUAUGCCAGGCAGCAUCCCAGAGCAGAGCCUGUACUCUUGAAAAGAACAUCCCAAAACUGCUUUUGAAGUAGUUACUAUGCAGGGAUUUUUAAAACCAGAGAAAGGCAAGCUUUGAAGAGAGUCUCAUAGAGAGUGAUACUCAUCCCUCAGUACAGGAAAGAUCUUUGGCUCAAAAGUAAAAGAAUAUAGCUGUGAGCUACCGUUAGUGCCUGUCACAAUCCAUGCAAGUGUCCCUCUGCUCCUGCCCUUUUUAGAGGAGAAUCAAGCACAAACAUCGCAGUGGAAUUCGUCUUUAUACUGAUGCAAUGUGACACUCCGUCAUCCCACUGACAUUUAAAAUUUCUGUAGGAGCAAAGGCUUAGUGGCAGGUGUGGCACUGGGCAGGCCUGGAGUCCCAGGCUGCUGAGUCCGAGGGAGAGGCCCCAUUCUAGCCAGGCCCCAGAGUGUGGUAACCCACAGGAAGAAGGAAAUGAGACAGUGUGUGGUAAAGAAUUUUGCAGUGCCCCUAGAAACAGAUGGCCUUUGCCCCUGGGAAACAUUCUAGAAACCCAUGGAAUGUCUUAUCUUUGUUUGCCCGGGGGACCUCGGUCACCUACCUGCUCACCUGACCAUUUGCACCACACCACAGUGUGAUAGAGGGGAAAUCUUUGGGUCACAUUGGAUUCGCUCAGCUCCGGACAUGGGGAAAACAGAGCAGCCCCUUGGAUGUCAACCAUGCCUAUGUGAUGGACUCCCAGUAAGACUCCCAGACACCAAGGCUCCCCUGGCUGAUGACGCCCCAUGUGCCUUGUCACACAUUGUUGCUAGGAGGAGUGAACAGAACCCAUGGUUCCAUACAAGGAGGACGUUGGAAGCCCCCAGUUUGGACCAGCCUCAUCAAUCUCCCUGGGCUGACUGUCAUCUGUAGCCUUUCUCUGUAAUAAACCACAGCUGUGUGUAUACAGCUUUCGGCAAGUUCUGUCUGUCCUUUGACCGGACCUGAGCAUGGUUUAGGGAACGCUACCAGCUUGGAUUUACUGUGUCAUAAAGAAGGUGGCCUUGGGGACUGCAGCCGCUGAGCUCUUCAGGGAGGAGAAACGUUUUACACUCAUUUGGAGACUGACUCCUAGCAAUCAGACGUUGACACAGCAACAUGCUGGAGUCUGUAGUACUGAGUUUUGUGGGAUGGCAGCAAGUUUGGGUGAUUUUGCUCUGAUUUUGAUGUGUUUUAUCCAUCAAGUGCUAUUGCCCUGUAAAACCUGAAGCCAUUGUGCAAGUGUUGCCUUUUGGGUUUUAAUCAGCUGCAAGAGGCCCCUCCAUACUUGUCUUGGAGGAAACCAAACCAGGCUGGAAGGCUGGUUUCCUCACUGAAUUAAAGGAUCAGAGAAAAAAACAACAACAAAAAACAAAAACAAACAAACAAAAAGAAACAAGACAAAACAAAUGAAGGCCAGGCUCCAGUGAAGAAAAGUUCCCUUUGCUCUGUUCACUGUUGCCUGACCUUGAAUUGUGUGACUCACUUCCCCAUAGGGAACCAGUCCCCUGCACCCCCAUCCUGCCUCAGGUAGCAUUACCCUGCUUUAUCACAUUGCUUUGUGGGUGCAGGCUUCAGCACCACUACCCUCCCAUGUUCAUAAUCACCAGACUUGAUCGUGGAGUAGGAGGUCAGGGACAGGGUCGUCUAUCCUAAAAUAAAAUCAGCAUGCUGGAAUGCUCAGUGCUGAACCCAGAUUCAGGACUGCUUUCACGUGGGACAGGGAGCAAGAGGAGCAGAGGAAGGCAUCAGGUCCAUAGACUAACAGCGUGACAAAUGAACCACUGGGCUAGAGUGCACGGCCACGGAUAAAUGGACGGUUGCAGGGGUUCCAGAAUCUGGCAUACAACAGGACAGCUGGGGUCUGGGGUUGUAGAGCUGCAGAUUAAUGCCGACAUCAUGUAUCAGAGCACCAGUUGGAGUCUCAGUUGCUCUGCUUCUGAUCCAGCUCCCUGCUCAUGCACCUAGGAAAGCAGUGGAAGAUGGCCCAAGUGCUUGGGCCCCUGCUAUCCAAGUGGGAGACCUGGAUGGAGUUCCAGGCUCCUGGCUUCCACCUCGCCCAAACGUAGCUGCUGCAGCCAUUUAGGAAGUUAGCAAGCAAAAGGAAGAUAUCUUUGUCUCUAUUUCUCCUCUCCAUCAUUUCUGCCUUUCAAAUAAAUGAAUAUAUAUUUAAAAAGAAGAAUGCAUCCAUCUCCCAACUUCUACUCUCAGGCAUGCAUGUCUGCUGUGGGCGCUUGCCCUUCUGCCUUCAGCCAUGGGGUGAUGCAGCAAGAAGACCCUCACCAGAUGCUGGUCCCUUGACCAUGGACUUACCAACUUCCAGAACUGUAAAAAAUAAAUCUCUGUUCUUCAGACAUUACCCAGUCUCAGAUGUUCCAUUGCAGCAGCACAGAGUGGACUCAGACACACAGUGUUCCCCCGGUUCCUUUGUUGCCAUGCAAUUCACUUAUCCACAAGUUACAGUCACCUGAUAUAUUGUUGCUGUUGUUAUCUUGAACAAACCAUUUGUUCGUGUAUUUAUACUGCCUGUCUCCCCCAGCUUGAAUGAAUGUAAGAGGAAUUGGGUCUAUGAUGCCCACCUUUGCAGACUCAAAACCUAAAACAGUGCCUGGUACAAAGGGGUUCUCAGAAAAUGUUCUUCCUUGGGUAACUUGAUGCAUUAUCAAACAUUCAAACAGUGGAUAUAAAGUGAAGCCUCAGAGAUGUGUGUGCAAACCUGCAUGCACAUUGCCUAAUCCUUAGAGUGGGUGGAGCUUUCAAUAGGAACAGAAUGGGUUAUAAAUCCUCACUUAAUCUCCCUGCAGCACUCCAGCAACCAGCGCCUAGAAGACUUAAGGAAACCCUGAACCAGGAGUCAUGGCAGCCAAACCCAAGCUCUACUACUUUAAUGGCAGGGGCCGGAUGGAGUCGAUCCGCUGGCUGCUGGCUGCAGCAGGAGUGGAGUUUGAAGAAGAAUUUUUGGAAACAAGAGAAGAAUACGAAAAGUUGCAGAAGGAUGGGUGCCUGCUUUUCGGCCAAGUGCCUUUGGUUGAAAUUGAUGGGAUGAUGCUGACGCAGACCAGAGCUAUCCUCAGCUACCUUGCUGCCAAGUACAACUUGUAUGGGAAGGACCUGAAGGAGAGAGUCAGGAUUGACAUGUAUGCUGAUGGCACCCUGGACCUGAUGCUGAUGAUGGCUCUGACUGCCUUCAAACCGCCCGAGGAAAAACAGAAGAAUAUUGAUUUAAUCUUGAAUAAAGCCAAAACCCGUUACUUCCCUGUCUUUGAGAAGAUUUUGGGAGAUCAUGGAGAGGAUUUUCUCGUUGGCAACACGUUCAGCUGGGCAGACGUGCAACUGUUAGAAGCUAUUUUAAUGGUGGAAGAGCUCAAUGCUUCUGCUCUUACUGACUUCCCUCUGCUGCAGGCAUUUAAAACGAGAGUGAGCGGCAUUCCUACGGUGAAGAAGUUCCUGCAGCCUGGGAGUCAGAAGAAGCCGCCCCCAGACAGCCACUAUGUGGAAGUAGUCAGGAGAGUCCUAUCCAUGUAACAGCAGAGGUCCCCGGUGGCUGGAGCCUGAUCCGCUUGCACAGGCCACCGAGAGAGAACAGAAGCCAACUGUGGCAUCUAAGAAUAAAGCUCAUGGGAAGGAAAAACCAUGCAUAUAGCAAAUGCAGAUUAAAUGCAUAGAAAACCA